ACUUCGCGACUGCAAAACAGUCGGCAGGAACUCACAUGGUCAACUGGACUGUACACUGUUCUGUUAUUUUUUUCAUUUAUAAAAGCUGUGCAUGAAUACAUGCAGUCAUUUUAAUUUUAAGUGAGUCAAAUAAAGGUCUACGUGGUGCUGACACGAGCCAGGAGUCACAAUAAUGGCGCUAUUUAUGAUAAACAGGUAUUUAGGGGAGGAGGAGGACAGUGAAUCUAGCAGAGAGUCUCGAUCCAGAGCUUUGCUGGCUAAACUUCAGGAGCAGGCCAAAGCCCGAGAACAGCAGAGCGUCUCAAACACGGCUGAUGAAGAUGAAGACCAUCAGCGUGAGAAAGAACAAAAGAAAAGAAAACGCGAACGGCAAGAGACUGAGAAAGUGCAGCGUAAAGCAACGAAGAGUGAAAAUGUUAAAAAAACAAAUCUGGAUGAUGAAGCUGCAAGUUCAACUAAAAAGAAGAAAAAACACAAAACAUCGUCCAAUGAAAAUGAGAGUGUGAAUACAGGAGAUAAUGAAUCGGAUCAUGAGAAGCCUGUGGAAAUCACAGAAACAUGUGAAAGUGACCCAGAGGAAAGUAAGAAGACUGAAAAAGCUGUGGACCCUCAGAUCGGUCAGUUCCAAGCAGAGGCAGAAAACAACACUUCCCAGACCGCCUUCCACAUCCUGGGUGGAUUCAAAGAGAAGGCCGUGCAAAAGGUCAGAAGAGUAUUGCCUCAGUGGUUGGCACAGCCUGACGUCAUUCAAAGGGACAUGAAGAAUAAUCUCAUUCCCAUCAGUCAGGUGCCAGGCAUCUGUCCGAUACUGCUGAAGAAAUUACAAGCUAAUGGGAUACAGAGCUUCUUUCCAGUUCAAGCCGAGGUCAUCCCUGCCAUUCUGGACAGCGUGAGCUCAGGGCUGCUGCUGGGUCCUGGGGGCUACAAGCCCAGAGACAUCUGUGUUUCUGCACCUACAGGGAGUGGGAAGACAUUGGCGUUCGUCAUACCUGUUGUACAGGCAUUGUCCAAGCGUGUGGUGCGAGAGAUCCGCGCACUCGCUGUACUGCCCACUAAGGAGUUAGCACAACAGGUGUCAAAGGUGUUUAGCUCGUACACUGAGGGCAGCAGUCUAAAGGUGGUCAUGAUCGCAGGCCAGAAAUCAUUUGCUGCAGAGGAAGCGAUGCUCUCUGAAAACAGGGGAGGCGUUAGCCACAGUUUGGCAGAUAUCGUCGUUGCCACACCGGGCCGACUGGUGGAUCACAUCAAUAAAAACAACAACUUCAGUCUACAACACCUACGAUUCCUGAUUAUUGACGAGGCAGACAGGAUGAUUGACAGCAUGCAUCAGUUCUGGCUCAAUCAAGUGACUAAAGCAGUGUACAGAAGCCCAGGUGACACACAGACGUCUUUCUUCAGGAGAAUAGUGCCUGGACCAAUCACAGUUGCAAGUUUGUCUCCGCCACAGAUUCCUCUGCAGAAGUUGCUGUUUUCAGCCACUCUCACACAAAACCCUGAGAAACUACAACUGCUGGACCUGCACCAGCCUCGACUCUUCAGCUCCACACACUCCUGUUCAGAGACCCAGGACACGUUUAACUUCCCUCAGGGCCUCUCUGAGUAUUACGUCUCCUGCACCCUGAGCAACAAACCGCUCCUCAUCCUUCACUUCCUGCUUCGGCUCAAGUUCAGUCCUGCUUUGUGCUUCACAAACUCCAGAGAAGGAGCCCACCGACUUUAUUUGCUGGUGAAGCUGUUUGGCGGUGUGGAAGUGGCUGAGUUUUCCUCUCGUUUGAGCCCAAGUGAACGACAAAAAACACUGAAAGACUUUGAGCAAGGGAAGAUCCCACUGUUGAUAAGCACAGAUGCUGCUGCCAGGGGUAUUGAUAUCAACAGCGUAAAAUGUGUCAUUAAUUAUGAUGCUCCUCAAUACAUCCGAACAUACAUCCACAGGGUGGGCAGAACAGCGAGAGCAGGGAAAGCUGGGUCGGCGUUCACCUUCCUUUUAAAAGUGCAGGAAGCGAGGUUUUUGAAGAUGGUGUCAGAUGCUGGCAGUCCUGGCAUAAAGAGGCAGCUUGUGCAACCAGAAAGUCUUAAAGGCAUGGAGGCUCGCUAUGAGCAAACACUGGCUGAGCUGGGCAACGUUGUGAAGGAGGAAAAAGAGAGGAAGCGUUUCUGAGCAGGAAUUGACUGAGCUAUACAUCUGUGUGCCUUUGAAUUAUGAUUUCAUGCCUUUUUCCUUUAAAAAAAAUGCAAAAUCUGAACUAUAAUGUAAUGAGCUACAAAUGUUUUUAUUAAAAUGUGAAAAGACUCAA